UUACCGGAAGUGGGAGUCUUGUUUAAUAUUUGGUAACUCCAAUCCCCCAAAUAGCAACGCAAUCUCAGUAGCAACGACAAAACGUUGUAAUAGUAUUGUUUGUGUACGACAUUCGUGAUUUUUUUAUUUAUUCCCUGCAACGACAAUGGAGUUUAGAGAUGCAGGGAAGUUAGGAUGGAAAAAUAAGAAUGCGCAGCCACAUAAACAGAAGAUGAACAUGAAUAUCCAGCGCCAAGAGCAGCUGAUAGCCGAAAAGAAGAAGGAGAUUGAGGCCAAAUUGGCACUGCAAGCCAAAAUGAAUGCACACACCCCGAACAAACCUCUCCCUUCUUGUUCUCCUACUGUGCAAGAUGAUUCCUCAAACAAGUUUAUGAACGAUGGAAGCUUCUUACAGCAGUUCAUGAUGAUGCAGAAGCAGAAAACCAACAGCGUUUCUGGUUCCUCCAGUGAUGCCAAAAGUCAAUUGUCGUCAACAUCUCCAAUAGUAAACACUCCGCAAAGAAAAAACAUUCUUUUUGGAAAGCGGUCCGGCGCUGGCGUCGGCAGCAUGCUCAGUCAGUUUAAGAGUUAUUCCCAGUCUAAGAAGAAUCCAGUCAUCAGCCAGAGGCCAAGUGUGUUUUGCUCCCCAGAUGAUGAUGAUGAGGAAGAGAUUGAUCUCUCUGAUUUAUUAAACAUGAAAGUCUCUCCCCCAGAGGACUCAGACACCAGACUCAUUAUCGACAAGAUGGCCUCUUUUGUGGCAGAGGGGGGAUCUGAGCUGGAGAAGAGAGCCAAGGAGGACUACAAGGACAAUCCGGUUUUUUCAUUUUUAUACGACACAAGCAGUAUGGAGUAUCUCUACUACAAAAAGAGAGUUGCGGAACUCAAACUGGAGAACACAUCCAAUAAUGUCUCCCCCCCAGUGGACGCCGAAACCCAGCAAGUGGUUGAGGAGCUGGCCAAGUUUGUGGCUGAGGGUGGCCCAGAGGUGGAAAGCAUCGCUAUCGAGCGCAACCGGGACAACCCUACCUUCAGUUUUUUAUUUGAUCGCCACAACCCUGCAUACCAUUACUACAGAGAAAAGCUACGAGAGCAUCGUGCUGCGGCCUCCCAGACCUUUUCACUUCCAGCAGCAGAACCUAGGACAGAGCUGCAGCGACCGACUGCUACUCCUCCACGAGCACAAAUUCCCCCUCCGGUGAACUUAGCGUGUCAACCUGGUCUCAGUCAGGUCACAGACACUGCGCCUGUCAAACGAAAGAGGAAGAGUAGAUGGGGGGCCGAGGAUGACAAAGUGGAGCUGCCCAUUCCGAACAUUGUUGUCCCACAGGACGUUCAUGUUCUGGACCCUGACAUGCCAUCUCUCUCUGCUCAAGAUCUGCAAGGUCUUGGUUAUAAGAAGGGGAAGCCUCUGGGUCUCGUCGGUGUGACGGAACUGUCCGAAGAGCAGAAGAAACAGAUAAAAGAGCAACAAGAGAUGCAAGAGAUGUAUGACAUGAUCAUGAAGCACAAGCGAGCAAUGGCCGAGAUGCAGGUGAUGUGGGAGAAGGCCAUCAGAGACCACCAGCACGAGUACGACAGCGAUGAAGAGGUUGACCAGCAGGCCGGCACCUGGGAGCAUCGUCUCCGGAAAAUGGAAAUGGAAAAGACACGAGAGUGGGCGGAGUCUUUGACAGAUAUGGGCAAAGGGAAACAUUUUAUCGGAGACUUCCUCCCUCCUGAGGAGCUGGAGAAGUUUAUGGAGACUUUUAAGGCACUUAAGGAAGGGCGGGACCCCGAUUACUCUGAAUACAAAGAGUUUAAGUUGACGGUGGAGAAUCUUGGUUUCCGUAUGUUGAUGAAGAUGGGCUGGAAGGAAGGAGAAGGCCUCGGAAGCGAUGGACGGGGCAUCAAGGCUCCUGUUAACAAGGGAACUACACCCGUGAAUGGCGCAGGGCUUGGAGUCGACCGCCCGGCCGACCUGACAAAAAGCGAUGACGAGUAUGACGCCUUCAGGAAGAGGAUGAUGCUUGCAUACCGCUUUAGGCCAAACCCUCUGAAUAAUCCUCGGAGGCCAUAUUACUGACACUAAAGAAAAUGUUGAUUUUGUUGAACAAUGGCAAUAUUGACAAUUUACACAUGCGUGUGUGUGUGUGUGUGUGUUUGAGCAGGACAACAAGGCUGAAUGCUGCUAGAUUCACUUUUCAAUGUGGUUUUGAAAAUAUCAACUAUUUCAUUUACAUAAUCACAAAAUUACCGAGUUGGGAUUUCAAUAUCACCUGAAAUGAUUAAAGAACCUGUUGUGACCCACAUUA